UAAGGAGCCGACAUGGCGGGGAAUGUUGUGAUAUCGGCUUCCCCAAAGGAGGUUUUGGUGGACGAAACUUUUAUUCUCCGUGUAACUGGACUAGGUCCGGAACAGAGAGUGACCAUCCGCUCCGUGGUGGCUGAGGACGGUAUGAAGUUCAGCGCAUGCGGUUGUUACGUAGCAGACAGUGAUGGCUGUAUCGAUGUCAGUGUCCAGCCUUCCUUAUCCGGUACCUACACAGGAGUUGACCAGAUGGGACUUGUGUGGAGUAUGUGCCAGAUUCCAGGUCAGCGGCCGGGGCUACGUCUCUUUAAGAAGGACGUGACGACCCAACAAGUGCUGAAGUUUGAAGUCUACACCGAACAUCGGACUUUCGAUCACCUUCACGAGGUUUCAGUUUUGCCUCUGUCUAUGACUAAGGUGUUCCGGUGGUACAUGAGCAAGGACGUGAAGCGACUUCCGGUGGAGGUGGGAAAUAUAAGGGGCAUGCUGUUUAUACCGCCAGGCCCUGGACCAUUUCCGGGGGUGCUUGAUCUAUUCGGCUCAGCGGGCGGGCUCCUUGAAUUCCGCGCCUCCCUCUUGGCCUCCAGGGGCUUUGUCGUGCUGGCCCUGGCUUUCUUUGGUUAUAAAGACCUGCCCAAUCAUUUUACAGAGGUCAAGAACCUCGACUACUUUAAGGAAGGCGCCCAGUAUCUGAAUGACCACCCCAGUGUCCAGCCUGGGGGAAUAGGAAUCAUCGCUGUGUCUAAAGGGGCUGAAAUAGCACAACUGAUUGCUAUGCAUUGUCCACUGGUGAAGGCGGUGGUCAGCAUAAACGGUAUACCAUACGUCACACUCCUUCCAUACGAACACGGUGAUGACGUCAUUCCGGUCGUGUCUGAGUAUGAUAUCUAUGGCGGUAUAUUCUCUGACGAAGGACUAGUGACGAAAUUCUGCUACAUUUUGGAUCCUGCUGGGCUAUUUGAGCUGUGGAAAACAGAUGUAAAGCUACUGAGUAUAUGCAGUGGCGAUGAUUGUACCGUCCCCCCAGAAUUACAACAACUCCAAUACGACAGCUACCCAGCAAACAAGAAACAGAAUAUUGAACUGGUCGUGUACCACGGAGCCGGACAUUUAGUAGAACCACCCUACUCGCCGUUUUGUAGGACAUCUCUCCACAAAAUCAUGGGAACAAACGUGGUAUGGGGUGGAAACGCACCUGAUCACGCUUACGCACAAGAAGAUUCCUGGAAACGGAUAUUAAACUUUUUAAGGACAAACCUUGAGAAACAUUCCAAGAAUGUGCACCUGUCCAGUCGUCUGUGACCACAAAUUAUCUGUGAUAGACCUAACACCAUGGGAAGGCAUGAAAUAAUAUCAAUUUAUUGACUCAGGUGCAAUUUGCUGUGGCUGUGAUUCUUUAAAUUAAAGUUUUGUCGACAUGUACGAUUCAAAAUUUCACUAUGAAUAAUGGACACUUUUCGUUAGGAUUUUACUGUUAUACGCUGCUUACUUUAGAUACUCUACAGUAACUAGGAAAUAUUACCGUGUCAUAAACACAGACAGACAGCAGGUAAACAACAAUGCAGUCAGUGCUUAAAAGUAAUGUUUUUUUCCGUUUUCACUUGAUUAUCAUGUAAUAAACCAGCUAUUUAGUGCUUUCCAUAAAA